CGCACCGAUCAGUUGAGCCGUGAUAUCCGUAGCGCGCGUACUUACACACGAAAUAUCGCUGUAUAGUUUACUACAUAUACGUACAUACAAUACAUAUAUGUAUAUAUAUGUGUACAUAUGUAUAGAUAUAUAUGUAUAUAUAUUAACACCAUAUAAAUACCGAAUAACCGAAUCGUCUAUCCCGAAUCUCCCUAGUCUCGAUAGUUGUACAAAAAGAGAAGUAAUAAUUGAAAGAAAGAAGAGAACGGAACGAAACUAAAAACAAAACAAAACAAUAGAAAAAAUCGCACGCAUCUAAUCAUCUCGUUAUCUAAAUCACCGUUGCUGCCGUUGAAUGUUUUUCUUCGACGUAUAACGAAUUCUCUGUUGCAACGAGAGUGACUCUUCGACUGUCACCUUGAUAAUAACUGUCUGCAGUAACGCACGACGAAGACAACGACGGAGACGAAGACGACAGUUGAACUUGAUGAAUAAAUAAAUAAGGAAUUAAUUUGAAAAAAAAGGCCGCGCGUAAACGUGAAACGCGGCUUAUCCUCGAAUCAGUAGAUUCGAAGACAAUUCUUCGCUGGGGUGGGCAGGUAUUGUCAUUAUUCGGUAAAUUGGACGUCGCUAACGCGCGUAAACAUUAACGAAACGUGUUCCUACGCAUCGUGGAACGUCGUCCCGCGGCCGUAUUGUAAAAAUAAUAAAAACAUAAUUACAAUGUGUGAUAAUACUAACACGACGACGCAAAGUAUAGCGGACUAUCUUUCACAGUUACUAAAAGAUAGGAAGCAAUUAGCCGCUUUCCCUAACGUCUUCAUACACGUAGAACGCCUACUAGAUGAAGAAAUUGCGAAGGUUCGAGCCAGCCUCUUCCAGAUCAGUGGAGUAAAAAAGGAACCGCUGAUAUUGCCAGAACCAGAAGGAGACGUCACAACACUCACAGAAAAGGUCUAUGUGCCGGUCAAAGAACACCCAGACUUCAACUUCGUCGGUAGGAUUCUGGGACCACGUGGUAUGACGGCUAAGCAGCUCGAACAGGAGACUGGAUGCAAAAUCAUGGUUCGGGGCAAAGGUUCAAUGCGAGACAAAAAGAAGGAGGAACAAAACCGAGGUAAACCAAAUUGGGAACACCUAACAGACGAGCUACACGUUUUACUGACGGUAGAAGAUACAGAGAAUCGAGCAACCCUCAAACUCGCACGUGCCGUUGAAGAAGUCAGGAAGCUACUCGUACCCCAGGCUGAUGGUGAGGACGAGCUGAAGAAAAGGCAGCUCAUGGAGCUUGCCAUAAUAAACGGAACUUAUCGUGACUCCAACACGAAGGUUGCUGCUGCUGCAGCCUGUGACGAGGAAUGGAGGCGCGUCGCGCAAGCGGCGGCCGAAACGCAGCGUCUUCUCCCCGGCCUGACCGCCCCGAUGAGGAAUCCCAGCACGCCGUUGGGUGCGCCGCUGAUCCUCUCCCCGAGGAUAUCGGUCCCGACGACCGCCGCCUCCCUCCUGAACGGAUCCGGUCCUCCGGGGUCCUUGCUGUCCGCGGGGGAUCCUCACGGACUAAUUUACACUCCAUACGCGGAUUACGCGAACUACGCAGCACUCGCAGCAUCGCCGCUCCUCACCGAGUACGCUACAGCUGACCAUUCUGGUGCAGCAGCCGCUGCCAAGCAGCGUAGGCACCUGGGUCAGAUUCGCGAGCACCCUUAUCAAAGGGCCGGCGCUCUCUCGUGAAUACAGAGUACUCUAUUUCGCCUCCGCGGAAAGGCUUGGAGUGCUAACAAUGGAAUCCACUCGCCCCGUGCUAACACCUGGACUCUGGAAGAGCAUCCGCGUACGAUUGAUUCGUCAGACAGCCGACCACCUUCGCCGCCCGCGUCACCAGCCCUGUUCGUCGAGCCUAUAUCUAUCCUGCAUCCCAUCCGUGUCUCAGAUUUUGUAUUUUUUGGUUCCAAUUUGGAGGCCGAUAAAAAUUUUCGCAACGCCGGAUGCAGCUACGAAUAUUGACCGAACAUUUUCUGACUUUCUGAUUCUUUGUCUUUGCAUCGGCGUUGCUAUAAAAUAUGUUGGAUAUUCCUAAUCUUGAAAGACGAUGAUGAAGACACUGCUGUAAAUUUUUAUUGUAUUCGUUUAAUAUCAAUAUUACACUAGCGUGUGUAUGCGAGAGAAAACAUUCAAAUAUUGUACAACGCAUCGUAAAGUCACUCGCGCAUAUAACGAUCACAGGUGUGAUUUUUUUCAUCUUAUCAACUUCGGUACACCAUAAGGCAAAUCAAAGCUUAGCUGCUUUUGUCAAUUAUAUCAUUGACUGCGUACUGGCACAGGCCGUAGCUUGCGAUUGUUCGUUACAUGUUUUAUCGUGAAAUGUAUUCGGUUCAUCGAAUAUUUGGGAUUGAAAAUCACUCACAUCCCAUCUUUGCUACAGUAACUUUUGGCCAUCCAAAAACAGCAAGCCUCGCUGCAGUCAUUUUAAUUUCCAUCAUUCAUUUCACAAUCUCUACAAACCGCUUGCUAAGGUUGCAUAUAAUUUAUUACCCUGUGUACAGCCAGCGUACUUACAGAGUCGCAGUAACAUCUUAAGCUGUGUGUUUGACACAUCAGUGACAGAAACAGUGUUUGACACAUCCCGGUUUUCUUUCGUAGUUUUAUAUACAAUUAGUGGAAAAAAAACCAAUACGAGAAUCGAAAUGAUAUGCAAUCAAAACGAUUACAGGGUGAAGAUAUGGAAUACUUUCACCAAUGCUCUUGAGAAGAAACACUCUAGCUUUCGUAAAAAAUUAUAUUUCAUUUUUAUUUUUUUGUUUUUCGGAGAGAAAAGAUAAGACCGAAAUUAAUUGAAGAAAACUCUGCACGCAGGUGUUGAGGUACAACAAAUAGCAUGGUGAAUACGAUUUUAUUGAUGAAAUAACAUCCGAUAGAUCUAUUGCUAGCACUUUCCGUUACGAAAUUAUUAUCUCUUAAGAAUAUAUAUAUAAAUAAAUUUAUGUAAUUUGUUAAUAAGUGUGAGAGUGAAUGAGUGAGAGCGAAUUACUUAAUGUUGAUCAACGUUACAUCAUAUAAUUACGUCGUGUUAACUUAUAGGUCUGCCAUAAAUAUAACUUUAAGAAUUUUAGUUAUACAUUAUUCUGUUUUGUAUAAUUAUUAUUUCCAAAUUUAGUAUGCCCCAAUCAAUUAGACAGAUGCAGGAAAAUGAAUUCAUUCAGAAGCAUCCUGGAAAUUAUUAUAAUCGGUAGCUCGCCUUUCUUGUACAUACAUGCUUGAAGCAUAGCUACACUUGGAGUGAUCUGCAAUCUACUUAAGUUCAUGUUAUCUCAAAUUCUGAAUUAUUUUAUUAUUAUUAUUAUUAUUAUUAUUAUUAAAUUUAUCAUUAUUUUACGUAGAUGUUAGCUAUAUACAAUGAUGAGAAUCUCUUUAUGCCUGUAUUAUCUAUAUAUAUAUAUACAUGUAUAUGUAUAUAAUAAUACAACACAUGCGUCCAUUUACCGUAACGAAUGUAAAUUAUACCUAUGGCACUUGACCAUAAGUAUAAAUGAACCCGUGUAAGCAUUUGUUCGCAUGGGAUGUGUACAUUCAUCAACAGAUACAUAUAUAUAUAUAUGUAUAUAUAUAUAUACAUAUUUAUACACAUCAAAAUAUAUAUGUAUACAUAGUAAAUGAUAUAUAUUUUGCCUUAAAGCAUUAUUGUUAGUAAAAUGAAUAUUUCAGUUUAAAUUUAUUGCAAUAGUUACGCAUAGUAAAUAUAUUCGGAUCUUAGUUGCAUAUGAUAUAUUUUAUUUCUAUGUUAGCACACGCUCAUUAUUGACGCGGCGUGCAGGAUUUCGUGGCAAUAUUUAAUAAUAUGCGGGCAGCAAUACAAAAUAGUCGUGAUUUUAUUAUCUCUGUGAAGAUCUGAUUUAAAGAAAUUAUGGUACUUCGUAUAAAUUUGUAGAGAUUUUAAGUUGCAAUUAAAUCGCAAUAUUGUUUAAAUAGUAAAUAAAAAGAAAUUAUAAUUACAGAUUAAAAAGUUUUUGCCUAACGUCGGUACCACGUUGUUUUGCGAUUUAUCUUAAUUGCUUACCUUUCGAUUUUGUCUCUUACGAGAGAAAGAAUAAUGUUGCAAUUGAUACGUUUAUUGGUAAUUCAGGUUUAUCCAUUAUACACUUUAGAGUUAAUAUGGUGAGCUAAAGUCAAACUAGAGAAGGUUUACUAAUCUCAGGAUAAAAUCGUCGCAGACAUGGAAGUAUGCCUACUCCAAACCGACAACAUAUGGAAAAUCGUAUGAACAAGAUAUUAAUUUUUGUCUUGUUCUGAAUGGAAUCCUCAACUGGUGAUGACGUCUUUCCCGUACGGUUAUAGAUUCUUGGAUAUUUCAUGAACGUUUGUGGCCGUACACAUGACACAAAGAAGAUGCAAGUACCAAUACAGUGACACAUCGCUAGCAAACUGGAGAACGGCGCGUUCAAUACACGCACCCAUAUUGUACUUUGUGAAACGUGUUAUGAAAUAAAAAUUUGACGUUGUCUUGAAA